AGGGAUCGGCGCUCGGAAGAUCUCGCGUUGUUACGGAAAGCUCGCGAUAGGGAAAAAGUGCAAACAUAAGCACUAAAAAGUGCAAGGCGAGGCAGCGGUCAGCGAAACGCACGUAACCAAUCAUAGAACAUAUUACCUUAUAUGUACUGUCUAAAAAUAAGCAUAAGCAUCUAUAGUAUAUAAGACUAAUGCACUAAUAAUAAAUUGGCUUUUGUUGCAUCCACCACGUUGGUGCCUGUGCUUCAUUGCCCCUGGGACGGGAUGUCCUUGACCGAAGCCCUCCGGUGUUAGAACUCGGUUGCGAGAAGCAACAAGUGGUGGCCCGUGUGAGGAGGCGUACGCCGGCCGAGAACCGGAGCAGCUAUCGGUGGACCGCGGGCGGUCGAAGGGGGAUCCGGAUCCAUGGAAGGGGUGAGUCAGAUUCUCAUCCAGUUAGCUCGAGACGGAAAGCUUUCAGUGAAAGCGAAAGAUAUACAAGCGUGUCUCGAGUGGCUCCUGAAAGAUGGAGCGAUAACCUAUCCGCGGGAUAUUUUUGGCCCGGAAGGAUGGGGGGCAUGCACGCAAGCGCUGGCGGAGCAUGCGAUGGCUACCAAAUCAGCCAAACAUCUGAAAGUGUGGGGCACAAUCUUGCAGCUGCUGAAGCGGGGUAUGGAGGAAAAGGAGACUAUGUGGGCGGCACGCAAGGCACUGGGGUUGGACUGCUACGGUCGCCUCCCGUUCACUGAGGAGCAGGAAACACAAGUAGAAAAAGGUGAAUUAGAAAUAGAGCCAAAACAGGAAGGCUCGGACUCUGAAAUUCUAACAGCACAAGAGGAAAAAGGGGAAGAAAAGCAAGUGCAGGAAGAGAUAAUGGCUCGUGUGUGCUUGACUUGUGGGAUUAUGAAACCAAUGUCUGAAGGGUCGUGUCUGGGAUGUAUAAAGAAAGCAUAUCCGGUAACUGGAAAGAGGUUGAACCCUCCGCAGUACCCCUGGGACGAUUUGCGGGAGGCAGAGCGUAAAGCACGGUCCACGCAGCCUGCUCCCUCGCCAGCUCCGUUGCCAUCCGCGCCACCACAGUUUGUGGACCCAGAGGAAUGGUUGCCUGGGCUAGCAAUGAAAGCCCCGGAGGAUCCGUUGGAGAUGGCAGCAGAAAUAGCCAGUCCGGAAGCUGGACGAGGAGCAGAUAGGCAAAGAUGGCGCGAGAGGGAAGUGCUGCGCCCAGAAAAGGGGAACCAGUGGCGGGCCCCUGAUAAGCAUCCUGACAUUGCAGAGGAGGUUGAGGAGCUCUCCGAGCAGCUUGCGGCUGCGUGGGGGACAGAAGAGGGGGGAGACGCGGCAGCGGUCGGAAGCCGGAAACCGGGUCGGGAGCCUGGUCGGCUUGGGGGGACCUCUCGGGCCGGGAAGGCGCAAGUUAAUGACCACCAAGUGCAGAUGAACCUGCAGCAGUUACAGCAAUUAGUUAAUGAAAUAACUGCAGAGGUAGAAAAGCAAAAGCGUCUGCUUCGAACCCGGUCUCCUGUACCACCCUCCCAAACAGAACCAUCCGGGAUAAAAUUCACUGAUUGGCGACUUAUAGCAGAUGAGUGCAUAUUGGGGGGUCUGACUUUGCGACCCAUUGCUACCGCUUAUCCUGUAAAGGCAGUAGCCGGGGGGGGAGUGGAAUGGGUGGCCCUAGAGCCCAAAGCCGUACAGCACCUCGCGGCUACCAUAGAGGCUAAAGGAUUGGGCCAUCCCCUCACAUUGACAUUGUUAGAUAGCAUUCAUGCUGGGGGACUUUUGCCGUAGGACUUACGCAAUCUGGGAAAAAUGGUGCUGAAGCCCACUGCCUUUCUGAUGUGGAAGGACAGUUGGACUCAGCGACUAAGAGAGGAACUAACCCAUGCGUGCAGAUCAAUAUUUCCACAGGUACCAAAGUAGUGAAAGAAGCAGACGACCAGCAGAAUGACGUGUGAAGAAGCACAGUGGAUCACCGGCUGUAGCUACUUUGUUGUCUGUAUGGUGAAUAUUGCCUUGCCAAAAAGACAAGGUGUUGCUGUGUAAAUACUAAUGCCUAGCUAAUUACGCACUGCAGGAAAAGGAAUUGCUUUAUCUCUAUUAGCCUGCCGCACCAGCAAAAAUGUAUCUUAAUCUGUUUAGAAGCUUAUAUUUCGUGAGCAUAAUGACUAUCGUAGCUAUAUAUGUUCCACCUCAACCUAAGACUAACAUUUGGGUUACUCUAGCUAAUCUUACAAAUCAGGAAUCCAUUUGCCUUGCUCUUUCGUCACCUGGUAACCCUUUCUCCACAUGCCUUGUAGGUUUGCCGACAGAUGUCUGGCCUUGUCCACUCCUGCCGUACUUUUGUGUUCUUCAUGGCGACAAACCGUAUUGUUCAAACAGCACUCCCGCAUGCAAUGCUAAUAAGCCAAAUAGAGUAGUUGAGCUAUGGGAUUUUUGGGUGCCAUAUCUCCCCGUUGCUCCUGCCGAGCCUCAAGAAUUAGAACUGUUAGGAUCUGUAAAAAUGGACAGUUGUUUAUACUUUAAAUGGACCAAUGAAAAGGUAAAGAACAUUAGUGCAACAGUUGUGAAUUCAAGCCUUCCAGUUUAUAGGAAUGCAUCUGAGUGGUGCCAAUAUACUGCCAAGCAACACUCACGAUCCUCUGAUCAUCCUUUCUCUUUGCCUAGCGGCCUAUUUUUGAUUUGUGGUGAUCGAGCUUGGCCAGGUAUUCCCUCAAAACUUAGAGGAGGUCCUUGCUCGAUAGGUAGAUUGUCCUUAUUGACACCCAACACAUCCAUGAUUCUAAACAUGUCCAGGUAUUACUCCAGUAGGCGAAUGCGACGCAGUGUACACAGUUUUAAUAGCAAAUGCCAGGAUAAUGUAAAGUUUUGGUCACCAGGAGAAAUUAUUGCAGCCUCCUUUUUAGCUCCAGGCGUUGCAUCAGCCGGAGCGCUGGCACAGCUUAACAAGCUAGGUUGUUGGUUAGCUAAACAAACUAAUGCCACGUCGCGAGCUAUAAGUGAUUUGUUAAUUGAUGUAGAUUCUGUAAGACAUGCCACUCUUCAAAAUAGAGCUGCCAUUGAUUUUCUCUUAUUAGCCCAAGGCCAUGGUUGUGAAGAAUUUGAAGCGAUUACAGUCUGCCUUAAGUGUCCGCGUCUCAGCUGCCUCAUCCGGCGUCCAACAACAGCGUGAAACACUUCAACAACAACUGCAUCAAACUGAGCACCGCUUCCUGCCUAUCACGACAUCUUAAGUCAUGGGGAGGGGGAGAUGUAGGGAUCGGCGCUCGGAAGAUCUCGCGUUGUUACGGAAAGCUCGCGAUAGGGAAAAAGUGCAAACAUAAGCACUAAAAAGUGCAAGGCGAGGCAGCGGUCAGCGAAACGCACGUAACCAAUCAUAGAACAUAUUACCUUAUAUGUACUGUCUAAAAAUAAGCAUAAGCAUCUAUAGUAUAUAAGACUAAUGCACUAAUAAUAAAUUGGCUUUUGUUGCAUCCA